AUGGCUUCACAGGCCGAGCACAAGCUCGAGCAUGCCGCGGAAGAGCUUGAACCCUCGGGCGCCGCACCACUCGUCUCAACACAGCGUCCAGAGCCGGAUGCUGAACUUUCAUCGCCGUCCAGCGCCAAUGCCUCAGAAAAGUUCCCCGACCAUGAAAAUGACGUCGACCCGCGGUCACCGGUCGAUAGUGAACCGCCAGUGGAGCAGACGUCAAGGAAACCCGACUUGCACCGGACACAGUCGCGAGCCUCGGAAUUCUCAAAGGCCAGGACUGCAGUGAUCAUGUUUUCUCUGUGCAUGGCAUUGUUCCUGGCGGCUUUAGAUGUCACCAUCAUUACCACGGCUUUACCGACCAUUGCUGAGCACUUCCACAUAAAUGCUUCGGAUUACACCUGGGUUGGAAGUUCAUAUCUCCUCGCCAAUGCUGCGAGCGUGCCGCUAUGGGGCAAGCUCUCCGACAUUUGGGGACGGAAACCAAUCAUCAUGCUUGCCAACGCCGUCUUCAUGGCCGGCAGUCUCGUCGCCGCACUGGCCAAUUCAAUUGGUCUGUUGAUCGGUGGCAGAGUCAUCCAGGGCGUCGGUGGAGGCGGUCUUGUCACGCUUGUCUACAUCUGUAUUGGGGACUUGUUCAGCAUGCGAGAGCGACCGAAAUACUACGGCAUCCUGGGCAUGGUGUGGGCCAUCGCAUCUGGCGUCGGGCCUAUCAUCGGUGGUGCAUUCACAGAAGAAGCCUCGUGGCGAUGGUGUUUCUACAUCAACUUGCCCCUUGAUGGGCUGUCUCUGGUUCUUCUCACCUUCUUCCUGAAGUUGGAGACACCCAAGACACCCUUCCUCGCGGGCGUCAAGGCCAUCGAUUGGAUCGGCGUCCUCACCAUUGUGGGCGGCGUGGUCAUGUUCCUCUUUGGCAUGACCUCUGGCGGCACAACACAUCCCUGGGACAGUGCAUUCACGCUCUGCCUGAUCAUUUUCGGUCUCUUGACCAUCGUCCUUUUCUUCCUCAAUGAGUGGAAGCUGGCGAAAUACCCUGUCAUACCGCUGCGCCUGUUCAAGAACACUUCAAACCUGGCAGCCCUCGGCGUGUGCUUCAUCCACGGCUUCGUCUUCAUCGCAGGAAGUUACUACCUUCCCUUCUACUUCCAAACGGUCAUUGGCGCCAGCCCUCUGCUCUCGGGCGUCUACCUUCUCACCAUGGUCUUGACCCUCUCCUUCGUGUCGACAGCAACGGGCCUCUACAUCAAGAAAACCGGCCGUUUCCGCGACCCCAUCUGGCUCGGCCUCAUCCUCAUGACGCUGGGCUACGGCCUCUUCAUCGACCUGCCAAAUCACCCGCAGUGGUCGAAAAUCAUCAUCUACCAGAUCAUCGCCGGGAUUGGUGUCGGGCCAAACUUCCAAUCCCCGCUAAUCGCACUGCAAGCGCACAUCAAGGGACACGAUAUGGCUGUGGCGACCGCCACGUUCGGGUUCGUGCGAAACCUGUCGACAUCGAUAUCUGUAGUCCUAGGAGGCGUUGUGUUCACCAACGAGCUGAAGAAACAAUACUCCGCCCUUGCUCCCGUGCUGGGCGAUCAGCGCGCUCGCAUGCUCACCUCCUCCUCCUUCGGCACGACCACGGGCAUGAUCCGCUCGCUGCCGGGCCCUGCGCGCCGCGCCGUGGACAUCGCGUACACCAGCUCGCUUCAAAAGAUGUGGAUCUUCUACACCGCGUUUGCGGCCUUUGGGAUCAUCGUCUCGCUAUUCAUUACCAAGACCGAGCUGAGCAGAGUGCAUGAGAAGGCGAGGACGGGGAUUGAAGAGCAAGAACGCGUCAGGCAGGAGGUUCUGGCGGAGAGAGAGGCGCGACGGAGUCGUAAGGGGACGUUGGAGGCGGAUCCUGAGAAAGGGACGCCAACGGUGGGAAGUCCCAUUGCCGGACACUCUGCGCCUUCCAGUCCGGUGCGAUGA